CACUUGCAUGUUUUCUAUCUUUUUACCUUUCUGUUUGAUAAGUUCGAAUGUUGUAUUUUACCGUCACAAUAACCAUACGAUUUAUAGCAAGAUUUUUGUCAGUUUGAUUCUCUAUCUAGCUUUUGUGUUCCUGCUUUAUUUCGUUUCAUUACUCAGCUGUAGUGACCCAGUUUUGUAAGUCUCUGGCUUGGUGAGGACUGAUGAUGAUUUUUAAGAGUGCUAGAAGUAUGAUUACUUUACAUGCAAUAUAUUUCAAUAAAUUAAAGGUAGCCAGUGAAUAUCUAUUUCAUAACUUAUAACCACAUGAAGUUCAUGGAAUGGCCACCGUAGCAGUGAUAAAUUCAAGAUACUUAACUGCGAACUUAUUGGUUAUCUGCUGAUGGUCUGCAGCAAAUGUGGCCUCAGUCUUAGCGAAGUUUGUUUUUUAAACUAUUUAAUGUGGAAACUAUAUUGGAAUAGCAGAAAGCCUACCGCAUCCUGUAUUGAAUGACUUAAAAACAGAAAAAAAUUAAACUGUGGCUUUUAAAUGUUUCAAAGUAUUUCCCACAGAAAUGUGGGCAGGCGAAGUAUGUGCUCGACCACAUUUACCUCACAAGUAUGAGUCAACAUCAGUGUGACCGUCCGCCUAGUUUCGCUUCUAAUCAGUCGUGUGGUCCCGCACAGUGGUAUGUCAUAACUUCCGUUUGUGUACAUCAGUGUGCAUUAGGAUAUUAAAGAAUAAUUUUCACAAAUAACUAUUUAAAAUCGUGCCUAAUGAAUAUUCCGCUUAGUUCAAAAGCUAAUUGAGGUAUCGUAAGAAGGAAAUUAUCGGCAACAGAAACAUGUUACAUGACUAAAAAUAAAUUAGAGCAUUGAGGUACUGUAUCCAGUCAAACUGAUAUUUUGAUUUUUCGUUGUUUCAUUUCUAUCCUAAUUAUGAUAAUUUCCAUUAAUGUUUUUCUCUUGCGUUGCAUUGUACAUGCUAAAUCAGAAAAAGGCUCACCAUCUAGAUUUAUAAUUGAAAAAUCAACAUCUUGGUCGUAGAAAUAUGUAUUUUCAGGUUACAGGAAUCCCACGCCACUUCAUGCUUCGCUAUUUUGCGGGUUUUUAUACAAAAUUAAUUGGAAAAAUUAUUCUUCAGGAAUUUUCUACACAAUUCAGUCAGAGGAAAAAGUAUAUAUUAUACAUUUUUUAGAUGAAAUAAGCCCAAAGUGUAUAAAAAAUAUUACUAAAAUUAAUUCUAACAUGUGUUUCUUCUUUUAUUUACUGUAAAGGUACAAUACAUGUGCAGAAAAGUGUAGGAAUGGUUAUUAAGGAAAUGGGAAAGGUUUAUGUAGCAUAAAAAUAUCGGGAAGGGUUAAUAAAGCCUUAAUAUAGGGUAUAAAUGCCUAAAUAAUAUACCAUUUCUAUUUCGCGGAUUUUUGGUUAUUGCGGUUAUAUACGCAUCUCCCGCGAUAAACGAGGGAUUACUGUAUUCUCUCGCUUGUUCUCGCAAAACAAUAAGUUAUAAUUAAUUUGCAGCAGAAUGCCUACACAGAUAAACAGUGAUAUAUCGCAACACUUUGCUGUAUUGUGCAGAUUUGGGAAACUCUUAUUUUACUGUUGGGAGAAAAGACUGGGAGUUUGAUGGCUCAGAGUGCAUGAGUAGAUAAUCAUAGAUCUCUUCACUUUGCUGUAUUUUAAAGAUUUAGAAUAUUUGUAUUAUGCUGUUGGAAAAAGACUGGAAAUUCAAUGAAAUAUGAGCAAAUAUCCAAAUCAUUUACAGGUGUGCCAAGUUUAAGGAUAUCUUCCAUUCAUGUUGAUGGACCUAACAUACACUUCACAAGCUUUAAUUUGUAUUUUGUAGCUAUGCAGUUCAACACCUGUUUUCUUUGUCAAGUCAAAUGUACAAGCACAUUAAAGCCAUUAUGCCUCCCAGCUCCUUAACGGGCAUCAAGCGGAAGCGUGAACUGCAAGAAGAAGAAGAGAGCCGUGGUGAACAGCGCCAGUCAGUUCUGGACAUCUCCAUGGUUAAGUUACGCACAGGUCCAUCCAGGCGUGUAGAACCAAGUUUGCGUCGGUCAGUGCUGAUACUCAAUACAUUGAAACACAUUGAAAUGGAGCUGAAAAGAGAGGGUGUUCACACCACAUCAACUGUAGACGCUAUGAAUAACAUCCCAGAGAUGUCUAAGACUGAGCUAACGCUGGAUCCCUUGCCAGACAUCAGUACAUUUAUUGUCCCACAUCCCACAUCCGUCCCAGUGCCAAUAGAAAAUGUCUGCAGCAAUCAAGAGGAGGUUGGCACGUACUGCCCAAAAGAUUCAGACCGAGGCGUUAUCAGUCUCAUGCCCUGUAAGUCCGUGUUUGGGAGUGCUUGUGAGAGUGAUGCAUUAUCUCAACAGUUAGCAUCAUACUUUCAAGACAUGUCAACCACAGAUCACAUAGAACAUGUGGCAGAUGCCACUCAGGGUGGGGACUCGAACAACAACCAUCUUGCGCUCCAUGUGCCUUACUUCAGUAACAGCCUGCCCUUGCUAGAAGAUCCUUUCAGCGACAUCGAUAUCUCAUGGGACACUGAUAUGAACCUGGUGCAUUGGUCCUCCCUGCCCUCAGCAGCGCCCACCACAUCUCAAGCAGGUGCCAGUGGUUCCUCCACUCUUGUGUCUCCCACCAGAUUGCCUUCCAUGAGCAUUGAAGACAUCAUCUAUUCUUUCUAUCCAAAUCAUCUCAGUGGCCCUGAUCCUGCCAUGCAAGCAUCAGCAGCUGUAUCACCUCCCCCUGUUCUGAAUGCUCAGUGCUCCACUUAUUGUCGCACAGACUCUACACUAGAUGAUCUGGACAACCUUAUGCAAAUCUUAGUGGGACUAUGAGAGUGAGUGUGUGGCAAAGCCAAACCUAAAUCUUGUGUUUGAACUAUUUACAAUUGAUGCAGGUUUUAUUGUGAUGUAGGCAGUUUGGGGGACUUGAUCUCAAGACAUAACGCUCUUCAUUCAGACAAAAUUAAUUUAUUUGUUAUUUAUGAAAGCAGUUAUUUAUGAGCGCAGUUACAGUGUCUGGUGCACAGGUAGCAUGAAAUACUGUGAUGUUAUGAGAGUUGCAUAACAUAUUUAUUUAUGACAGUGACAUCUUGUUUGCUGUUGGGAGAAUCCAAAAACUCUUAUUUGGAUUAACCCGCUUUCAGCUUUCAUCGCUCGAGUGAUUGCAUUGCUUGGCUUAAACCUCUAGAAGGCAAGUCUGGUCAACAAAUCAUUAUGGACGCAAGAACACAAUUGCAAUAUUUUAAAUUGUAGACUUCUGCAUUCACUUGUCAGUCACAGAUGUAAUCAUCACUGCCUCAGCACCAUAGUGACAGCAGAGUUUGCCACUGAAGGUGUCCUGCAUUGUCUCAGGAGUAGUGCUGCGAUUCAGUGGACAACACCCUUAGGGCAUGUGAAACCAGCGGCCAUAGGAUAAAUCAUGCCAGAGCAAUACACGUUCUAUAUUUAUCCAAAUAAGUGGAACAUGUUUACCUCUCACAGACUCUUUGGCAGCAUUUUAUGUGGUUUGCAGGCUGAGACUGUUGAAUUGCCUGAGUGUGUGAUGGUGCAACUGCUUAUUAUCAGAUAAAAGGUUUGGUGAACUAUGGCAGCUGAGUGUUCAAGUUGGUAUGUUUGUUCCAUCCCCAUCUCCAUUUUUUUAAAUGCACACAUUGAAAUGUUAAACUAUUGAAUUUUUUUUGUAUGCUUGCUGGUGAUGUAUCUUGACUGAUAAAUUUUAUCCAAAGAAUUUUCAUACUAACUUUUUUUUAUGGUAGACUGUUUUUCUGGACUGUACCAUUUCAGCUUUCACGUGUUUUAAGAAAUUAAAAGGAAAAGCACUUGUCUGCUUCUUCUAAGUAGUAAGUCAUUACCACAUCAUCACAACAAAUCCAUAUGCAUGUGAAUGAAUCUGCACACAAUUGCACACAGAGUUAGUUACAUCCAUGUUGAUGUUGUAAAAUUGUUUCCAUUUAAUGAUUUCAGGGGCCAAUCUCUUGUCAUGCAUGUGGAGUUGUAAACAUAUAUUUUUGGACUAGCAUGCAGAGUAAUCAUGUUUAUAAUCGUAACUAGUAAUAGAUUAGCACAGAUUGUCAUUCCAGGUUUAAAAAAUAUUCUUGGCAUAUUUGUCACAACUGAAUUUUUCAGAAGAAAAUGAUCUAUUUUUAUCUACUUUAUCAAGAACCAUAUAAGUUAAAAUUUAUUAAAGUUUUUGGAGCAAGCAUAUUAUGGAUCAGUUCUUACACUCUGUGUGAAGUCAUGGUCACACAUGAUUACAGUUGGUUUCACCCUUUUCUGAACCUUUUAACUUGCUUACAUGUUUUGGAUUGCUAAUAUCACUAUGUUUUUGAAAGGACCAGAAAAAUGCAGAGAAGUCCAGAAAAGCAGCUCAUACCAGCCCUUGAAUGGUUGCUUAAAGUACUUUUAAGACAACAUUGUUGAAGUAAAGCAAUUAAUUGGUAACUGUAAAAUAACAUUUUAAGCCCAUUUGUAGUUGUCUGGCGAACAGGUCAGCAGACUAGAUUUACUAACAUUUGCAAUUAGGGAAUGUGUAAGUAAAGAGCAUCAUAUGAAAUUAGAGAAGCAUGAAGAACAUUUUUUUUAAAAAUAAAAACAUUUUGUUCUUAAAUUUUUCGCAAAUGUGUGCAGUGAUAAAAUUUUUGUGUCUGGCUUGGUGGAAAAUGUGUGUGUGGGUCUGCAGAUGUAUGAGCAGAGACGCAAUGGCGUGAUUCUGUGAUGCCAUGAUGCCCAUUUCCAGUCAUUGUAUUUAUUUAUAUCAUAAUUGAGCUUACAUGGUAAGCAUAUGCUACGAUAAAGUGGGACUCUUGUAAAAUGUCUAGUUCUGUGAUUGGCAAAUGCAAAUAACAAAAUAUGCCUGUUAUUCACAAGUUACUGUACAAAGAUUGGAACAAUGAAAGCAUAAAAAUUGAUUUAUGUUAAAUCAGACAUUUACCUAUAAGAAACUGAUAUAUCCCCAAUUUUAUUGAGAUGAAUUACUGCUGAUGACACUCGGCCAAAAAAAAAAAAAAGAGUUCCAUUUCUCUAUCCUCCCUGUUUCUUCCAAGGACAAAAUUACCGUAGAUGCAAAUACUUGAUAAUCUUAGCCUAGCUUGCUUAUUUGAUGAAUAAUAUUCCUACAGUUCUAUUUAUUUAGUUCUGCUUAGAUAUCCAAUAAAAGCUGUGCACAAGAGAAUGUAAUAAUGCAGAGUGUGAUCUGCCGUGUUCAUUUAGUAAAUGCAGAAGCGAACAGAAUUUUUGUCAUGGUCAGUUUUAGCCUGUUAAAGCAUGGUCAAUAUCAGAUGGAGGUUAAGACUUCAUCACUGCCAGUCAUGAAGCAACUUUGUAUAUAUCAUGUCCAAAAUGAAAAUAUGAUGCAUGAACAGCAAUACAUUUUUUUGUUUGUGAUAUUUUGAUUCCCUCUCCCCCUCCCCAAGCCCCAACCCCAUCCAUUAGACACAAAAAAUGUCACUUUGAUCCCUUGCCUUUGUCAGCUUAAACAGUGGAUUGCAUGAGUGCCAUUGCAUGCCUUGAUUAUCACAUUGAAACAAAUUGUCAAGAAAUUUGUGAAUACUUUAUAUCUAUUUAUUUUGCAGAAGAUAAUUUAAUGCAGUAUUGCUUUCCUGUAGCAGCAACAAAUUCUACAUAUCUGCAUAGUUUUAAAGCAGAAAUUCUGGAAUGUUGGUAAUUUUUUGGCAUGUUUAUUUUUUUUAGUCCAGUCGAUGUGUGCUAUAUCCAGAAGUGAUGGGCACUUUAGGUUUAAUUAUAGUAAAUAUUUGGGGUUUUUAAAAAGUUUAGUAGUAUUGUGUAAUUUUGUGUACAACUUUUAUCUACAGCUUCAGAAACAUUUGUUGACUUGCCAGUCGUGCAGACAUCAUGUUAACUUUAGAACUGAGGAAUGGAGGCAAUCAUUGCUUCGAGUUUUUUUUGACGGAGAGUUUUAGAAUUCUUCAUAAAUAUGCAAAAAUGUUGAUGGUUUCUAUUUUUUUUCUUUGUGCCAGUCCGGUUUAUGUAAAGAAUUUUAAUGUAUCUUUAUUUUAUAUGUGAUAAUGUGCUCAGUUUAAACAGAUUGUGGCAAAUUUAUAUGAAAUCACGAUUAUGUUCACAAGCCAGCAACAUACAUGUUUAGUGUAAUUUUGUUAAAUUAAUAUGCCUAUAAUUUAUGACAUUUCGAGUCAUCAAGUUGUGUGCAGGGGACACGAACACGUGUUUUUAAAACUUCUUGUUGCUUAUGUAAUACAUUAAGGAGUGAACGGACGUUUGCAAAAUGCCUAAGGUGUUUUAUUCUUGCAGGGACAACUCCAUCCUAGUCGAGGAUGCAUGUUGGGUGUAAUGGCCGCUCCCUAAGCUUAGUCACCCAGCUCCCCGCGUCAUGCUUGCGCCGGUGGUGCGCCAUGUUGUUUUAGUGCGCGAGCGAGCGAGCGGUCUCCCCAGCUCCGCCAUCAAGUUCGAUCGGUUGCCUUCCUCGAAACAAAGUUGUAUGCGGUCGUCCUGCCAGCCGUGAUAUAGUGCGCCAUGCUGUGGGUCGCACACAAGCUAGCCGGCGCUCCCCUCCAGCCCUCUAGUCCGCGACAUGCAGCGGGCGCGUGACAGUCGCCAUAGCAACUAGAUACGUAAUGAGGGUCACGGGUUUGUCGUCUGCUUUAGUGGCGGCUCACCUCGCCAUUCCAGGCUACCCCUCCCACCUUUAGCAAGAGAAAAAUAAUAAACAUGCAGUCCUUAGUUUAAUGGGAAUAAGUUAUAUGAUGCCAGUUACUUCUUGCUUUGGAGACUUUGAAUAUGGCCUUGUUCAUGUUUUAUGAUAGUGACGCGCACUUGGCACAACCUCGUGUGUCUUUUCAUCACAGAUGUAACUGAAAUAGGCCGGUAGUUCACAGAAGUUGCAAAAUUCUAUAGAAGUGUUCGGUACAUUUACAGAAGCAAUGUUCGCGCGUUAGGUCACGUGGCUGUUGAUAGUGUUUAUGCUUAGAUGCUACUGCUUGACACGACUGGCACUGUUCCUCUAGCGAGGGCUAGUAUGGGAUUCGACCAAAACAAGUUUAAAUGUGCAUCCCCACCCUUGACAUCCAACGCGGCCUUAUUUAUGUAGCAUCUAACGAUUGCGCGACCUUGUUUAGCAAACGAUAUCAAAUGCUUCUCAUUUGCUCCAUACUAGCUUAGCUUGUCUGGAAGAUUACAAAUUCAGUUUUGAUUCCCACCUCUACGAUUGUGCUACUUUUUUGGAUAGGGUGGUUUGGGGCCAUUGAUGCUGAAAGGGAAGCGGAUAGCCGAGUUGUUAGAGCGCUGGCGUCCGAACCGAGAGCACUUUGGUUCAAUACCCGAUUAGCGCAGCGAACUUCACCCGGGACGGGAAUGGGUGGGUGGGUGCCUGACACCAUAGAGGGUAGGGGACUGUAAGGCAGCAAUGGAGGGGAGAUGGGCAUCGCCGUCGCGUAUUGCUGGCUCCCCACCCCAACUCCCCAAACGAUCUGAAGAGGUUAGGGGAUGACUUUUAUUGAUGCUGAAGUGCAUGGCAUUGCGUUAUCAGGCGCCGUAGCAUUGUGGAUUUUUUUUUUUUUCUGAGCAUGACCUUUCCAGGUCAUGGGAGAUGGUGCACGACACCAAAUGCGGGGUUUACGGUGGGCGGUUUUCUCGGGGGUAGAUUUGACAGGUAGUUUGCAACGUGGGGUAGGAAAAAUUAAAAGUCUCUCGUUUUCUUGCUUCCUGUUGUGAUCCUACCAAUAAGUUGUUUUUUUUUUUGUUUGGGUGCUCGUGUAAAAGCGUAAACCGGGAUGGCUGUCGAGAACAUGAGAAGCCAGAAGUGUUGUCAGGCAAAGAUUUCGAUUAAAUUAACCCGUUUUUUCCUCUUACCUAGUUUAUAAAAUGAAUGAGAAUCCGAUAAUACUGAAAGUACAUUUUUGUCUGUUUUUAUAGACGCCUUUAUUGUGAAAGCAGCAGGUAAAUGGCCAUAAUGAAUCUCUGUACUAGUCCAGUCAUAAGGCCACCUUGACGAAGCCGACAGCAAACAUGUUGAGCAGGCUACGGUCACGUGCUCGUCAUGGGACGACCAGCCGCGACUGGCGUGAGUUUGCCUUGGAGUCACGUGACUUUUUUUUUAAAAAAAGCUUUUCUGUUUUGGGACUGACACUGAGCCAGCGGGAUUACUGGCACGUAGUCUUGUGGCAAGUACGCUUCAAACUGCCAGAUGAUUCAUAGUCUUAACGGGCGUGAUGAGUGCGCGCUCGUAAACGAGCAUUUUUUCCCUUGUUUGCUGCAUGAACAUGAAAUGAAUGACUCGAUGACUGUUCACAUUAUUUCAGGCGUUGCAACUGUGGAAAUCCUGUGUGAGCACAUUAACCCCUAUCACCCCUACCCCAUUCGGUACCCUCUCAGUGUUCUCGGCAUCUGCAACGAGAUCAUGGAAAUGAACACUUGCAGACGUGAUCGGCUGAGACCUCGCCCCAGUUCAUCUCUGUAGGGGGUUGCUCUGUUUUGUUCCAGGCAAGAGUAAGGGCAGCAGUUUCUCCCAUACAGAUCUCUCUUGUCGGGGAAAGCAACCUCAGCCUGUCAUUUGUUAUAACUACUGGCGCCUUUUUUUUUUUUUUAUUUUGCGUUCACAUAACGGUACCCCCAUCAAGUUUUCUUCAAAGCAAAAAUGCUGUCGUACGAAACUGUACAUAUACGCGAUAAAUAAAUCAAACGGAAUGCUCUCAGACAUUUCAUCUCAUUUAUUUAUACGGAGUUGGUUUGUAUUCUCAUAUACAUGUUCAUUGUUUUAUUGAAACAGAGGCUCAAUUGACUUACAAAAUUGUUUACUUGCCAGGCGUUCUGGAAAUGGAUAAGUUGGGGUGUUCGUUGAAUGGAGCACAAGCAUAAUGUCUCUUGAAAGAGUCAACUGUCAUCGGACGUGAUAUGUGGCGAUAUUUCAUGUCACUGUCUGUCCUUUGCUUUGAUUGAUUUUACACUUUGGAGACUUUCUUACUCUGUGUGUUUGUGUGCGUGCGCGCGCGCCUGUUUACAUGUGCGUUCAGGGGGCGGUAAUUUCUAUUUCUGAUACUCUUUAUAUACGCCACACAUUUCGACAAGUAUCUUAAUCAUUUUAACAUAUUGAUUUUAAUUAUCAGCAAAACCUCUUUGUGUCGAUAUCUUGAUAUAUAUAUAUGCCUAAGAGACAUGCAGAACAAAAGUUGCCUGCAUGGCGUAAAAUCGAAUCAAAUGUUUCAGUCAAAUCACUAAAGUCAUUUUCGAAGAAUGGACAGGAGUUCGUUUCCUGGCUUUUUCAUCUUGACAUUUCUGUACAUACCAGAUAUACUUGUACACCUCCGGUCUUGGUCUUUAUAUGUACAAAAAGAGUUGACUUCUAUCUUCCAUACAUAUUUAUACAUUGUUCCUUUCUUAUACAAUAAAAGAUUUCCAUGAAC